AUGAUUGGACGUGCUGGUGAAAGUUAUUUACUCUGUAAUGCCACCGAUUGGUUAGCUGUUCAACGUCAAAUUCAACGGCGUACAUUUAACAGACCAAAACGAACAUUUGGACGUCUUUUACUCGAGACAAUAAACAGCUCUUUAUGUAAAAAUCUGGGCGAUGUAAAUAAUUUAAUAGAAAAUUGUCUUUUUAGUCAACAAUCACGUUCAUUAGAUGAAGAAUUAACAUAUUUAAUUCAAUUAAAAGUUAUAACAUUAGGUGGAGAUUCUUUGGCAGAAUUUGAUGAAGAAAAGAGUGAUAGUGACAAUAUUAAUUUUAAAAAUCAACCUGAAAUUGGGCCUGAUAAUAGUUUUGAUAAACAAACUACUACUAAAUCUACUUUGGUUCGUCCAACCCAAUUAGGCCGAGCUGUGCUUGCCUCUUCUCUUGAUUUAAGAACAGCACUUCAAGUAUUUGAUGGACUUAAGAAAGCUAUGCAAUCUAUUUGUUUGGAUACAGAAUUGCAUAUGCUUUAUUUGGUCACUCCUGUAAAUAAUUUGGCAAUAAAUGAGAAUUCAAUAAAUUGGAAUUUUUUUCAUAAGCAAUGGACUAGAUUGUCAGAGGAACGACGCCGCGUAGCUUAUAGAAUUGGAAUUUCUGAAGAAUUUUUUAUGCAAAAACUAGGUGGACGGUCAUUUCCGAGGGAUCAUCCUUUAUUAAAUGUAAAUUUUUUAAAAUUCUUCUUUUAA